AUGAGUUUGCAGUGGACCAUAAUUGCGUCAUUUCUAUACGCCGAAAUAGCGUUUGUGCUAUUACUUACUUUGCCGAUUGCAAGUCCUUCGAAAUGGCAGAAAUUUUUCAGAUCCAAAUUUUUAGCGUAUAUCAGUGGACAAGCAUCUAUGUACUUCCUUGUGUUGAUUGGAGUAUUGAUUUUAUGUUUGCUCGAUGCAAUUCGGGAAAUGCAAAAGUAUUCAAACAUAGAGACGACUGAUCAUCAGCAUCUUGAUGCCGAAAUGCAGGGUAAUAUGCGUUUGUUCCGAGCCCAGAGGAACUUUUACAUUUCUGGAUUCGCACUGUUCCUACUGAUUGUCAUUCGGCGAUUGAUACAAUUGAUUUCUGAAUUGGCGACUGUGCUGGCUACAUCUGAAGCUAAUUACCGGCAAGCGCAAAGUGCUUCUGUUGCUGCUAAGUCACUUCUUGAGCAACACGGAUCUGGUGACGAGAAGACCAAGAAAGAAAUUGAAGAUCUAAAAUCUCAAAUUUUACAGCUUGAAAAGGACUUGGCUAGAGAGAAAAAAGACAAAGAAGCUGUUAAAUCUCAAGCUGAAAGUCUCAAUAGAGAAUAUGAUAGACUUACUGAAGAACACAGUAUUCUACAAAAGAAAAUUACUGUGGCUGGUGGUGAUAAAAAGGAUGCAUAA